CCCGCAGGGCGGCCGCGGCUCUGGCGGCGUGGGGACGUUUGGCGUUGGGUGGGCGGCAUCCGAGCGCCCACAUGAGCCACUGGCAUAAAGCGCGCAGCGACUGGGCCCAGGCACGCGUCUUCCCGGGACAUUGCGCACCCAAAAAGAAGGGCAAAAACCACAUCCCCGAAAGUUUUGAAGGGAAUCUUGCUCCAGAAGAAUGCUUUUCCCCUUUGGAUCUUUUUAACAAAAUCCAAGAACAAAAUGAAGAACUUGGACUGAUUAUUGACUUAACAUACACGCAGCGUUAUUAUAACCCAGAGGAUUUACCAGAAACAAUUCCCUACUUAAAAAUGUUUACAAUGGGCCAUCAGGUGCCUGAUGAUAACACUGUUUCAAAAUUCAAGUGUGCUGUUAAUGACUUUUUGAGGGAGAAUAAAGAUAAUGACAAACUUAUUGGGGUUCACUGUACCCAUGGCUUAAACAGGACUGGCUAUCUCAUCUGUAGAUACUUGAUUGAUGUAGAAGGCAUGCGGCCAGAUGAUGCAAUUGAAUUAUUUAACAGGUGUCGGGGACAUUGCAUAGAAAGAAAAAACUACAUUGAAGACCUUCAGAAUGGAACUGCCAGGAAGAACUGGGGUUCCAGUAGGUCCAGGUCCAGUGGUUUUGAAGCAUCACCACAUCUCAUGGAACCAAUGUCUACUACGACUCCGUUUGGUCACCAAGGAUCUGGGUAUAACUUCCAUCGGAACCAAGUGUACCCAGCCCCAUCCUGGCAUUUCCACGCUCAGCCCCAGGAUUUCCAGCACCCAGUCAGGACAUUUUCACACAAUCAGCAUGUUUACCAGAGAGGCCUUGCUCCCCCACCCCCUCCGGGUCCCCCUGGGCAGCACUAUUCCCAAAGCAGAUACUCUUGGAAUGUCAAGCCGGACACCAGUCAAGCCGCCCAGAACAGAAGAUUCCCUCCCAGCAGACCUCACCACAGAUCGUACUAUUGACCCCGUGGGGGUGAUCGGGCGAGGGGUGAAGCUCCACAGAAAACCUCUCUGGACCGCGGAGCUGGACUGAAGGCAGCCAGAGUGACCUCACGGGGUCAGUUCUGAUGAGGCUUAUUGUCUAUUUUAUUAUUCCUGGAUGUAUUAAACAAGGAAAAAUUAUAUUGAUUAUCUCUUUUGCUGAAGAUUUACACAAUGGGACAGUACAGGAAAAGGUAUGCUGUCAUUUCAGUCUUGUAACUUUUCUAAGGAAAUAUUUUGGAAUUGAAAAAGUAAUAAAGAAUCCCCUUGCAAAUUC